AGUCUAUGAUAAAAAUAUCAAUAAUAUUGACAUUUCAAGUGCAUUCAAAUUGUAUUGAAAUUAUUGAAUUAAAAGUGUUAUAAUUUUAGAGAGGUUCUCUCAUUCCACUAUUUAUUUCGUGCCUUGAAAUUACCUUGUUUGUCUAGUAAAGAUUACAAUAACAAUAAUACUGAAACUAAUUUACUAUGUCUGAGUUAAAAAUAUGCCGGAUAUGUUUACGUACCGAAGCAAAAGUUUACAAUUACGAACAAUUUCAAUUGAAAUCAUUUUACGAAGAAGUUUUAGCGUUAAAAGUGAGUGAAACAGAUGAGCUACCACAUUACUUCUGCUUUGAAUGUGCUACAUUGUUGCAUAAAUUUCACAAAUUUAAAGAAAAAUGCUAUGUGGGGCAAAAAGUACUGAAGGAUAUGUUGAGCAAAGGCCAAAUUUCUUAUGAAGCCAUUUACAAGUUAGAUUUUACAAACCUCUCAUCACUCUCAAAUCUCGCUCUGAAAUAUAAUGUAGUGAAAAUAUUUUCAACGGAAGAUGAUCUUGCUAUAAAAGAAGAAACAAUUCAACAUGACCAAAGAUUUACAAAAAUAGAGAACGUAGAAAUCGCUUGUUUCGAUGAUCCUGACGUGGAUCGAAAUGACGAUGUAUAUCCAAGUUUUGAUGAUGAUACCGAUUCAGAUACUAAAUCUACAAUAGUUCAAGAAAAAACAGUUGAAGAUAUAGAAGCAGUAAAAAUUGAGAUAGAAGAUGCUGAAGAUAAUUGUAAUGAAAAGAAUAAAGGUGAAUAUACUUUAAAACGGAGUCGGCUACUCAAUAGCAAACAUUGGAGUAAAAAGAGAUUAUCUGAAGAGGAAGCUAUAAAGGAAUUCAGACAAAGAGCCGAGAGUGAAAAGUAUAUGAUUGCUGCUUUCAAAUGCACUGAUUGUUUCAAAGGCUUCUCCAAGGAGGAAAUGUUAAAAAGACAUCGAAAGCUUACACACAAUCAGUCUGGAUCUGUGGAGUGCCGUUUCUGUCGAAUGCGAUUCAAAUGGAAUUGUCAUCUCAAGAAACAUAUUCGUCAACAUUACAUUAGGUACGAGUGUCUGCGAUGUGGAUUGGUCUGUCCUCUGGAAAACACAGCGUUGCUUCAUGAUAUCUAUCACAGUGGAAUCACGAAAAAAUGUGUGCACUGCAAUGAGGAAUUCAGACACUUCUCAACAUACUACACUCACCUGCGCACGCACAGAAGCGAGCACCUGUGCACGCUGUGCGGCUCGUCGUUUGUCAGUGAGAUGGGACUGCACAUGCAUAAGAGAGUCAAACACUGCUUCAAUGUUGUCAACGAUGAAGCUGAGAAUGAUAUUGAAAGCCCCGGUGACGAUGAAGAAGUGGACACGUUUUGCGAGCGAUGCGAUAUCCGCUUUGAGACUAGAAAGGCUUACGAUGAACACCUAUUUCACUCGGCGAUGCAUUCUGAAGGCUAUGAUGAUGAAAGAAAUCACGAAGACGCACAACCACGGAAAAUUUUAGGAAAAGUAUUAAAGGCAAAGAUCACAAGCAGAUUAAGAGAUAAAAAGAGGUCAAACGAGGACAUUUUCAAACCGCAGAAAAAGAAGUUCAGAAGAAUUCGGAGGGCCAGAACGAAACCUACGACGUGCCAUCAAUGUGGAAAACACUUCGAGACACAAGCGGCGUGUAUGAAGCACCACCUCUCUGAGCAUCCGCGCACGUCGUUCUUCGCGCCCAACGAGAGGCACAUCUGCGAAAUUUGUGGCGCUUCUUUGGCGCCUGGCAGCGUGACGGCUCAUCAAAAUAUGCAUACCCGCGAGCGGCUGCACCCGUGCGAGACGUGCGGCAAGCAGUUCCACUCCAGCGUGGGGCUCAAGCGGCACGCGGUAACCCACACUGGAGAAAAGCCUUACGGCUGCACGCUGUGCGACAAACGUUUCACGCAGAACAAUAGUAUGAAGCUGCACUAUAGGACAUUCCAUCUCAUGCAACCAUAUCCAAAACGAAAUAGACGAUAUAAGAAGGAAGAGGUAAAUGCAAGCAUAGCAGCCGAAGAGGUAGAAACAGAAGACAAUACAACAUUGUCUAAAUCUAAAAGUAUGGUAACGGUAAUUGAAUCCUCAACUGUAGCAGUAGAUACGGCGGCGGUGACUGUAUCGCAAGAUGGUGAUAAUAAUUUAGGUUACUUAACAAUCGGUUACCAAAAGUACCCCUAGAUAUGAAAACAUCUACCUCAUAAUUACUAAGUUUCUUAGAACUUCGUAAAUUUCGUUUCGUAAAACGUGUUUUUACCGAAUAUACCUCGGAGAGCACAGAAACUAUUCAAUCAAUCAAUCAAUUUAUUUAUUUGCAGAUACAUGCAUUAUAUAUACAGGUGGUCGGUAGAUGUAGAUGGUAAAUGUAUCUUGCCAAUUUGGCAUGCAAAUUAUUUAUUAAGUAUUUCAAUCUAGUCGCUCCCUCAUUCUACCACGGUACAGCGAGACGCCGUGAAAAUUGGCAUCCAAGCCCAAGCCUAUUUUGAAAGAUAAAACAAAAAAAACAUUCACAAAGAAAUUACCCCUAAUGGAAAUGAACCUAUUUUUGCAACAAACCACGGGCGCGCCGUAGUUUGUCGACCCCCACAGAUAUCUAGAAUCCCGUCCCAAAAACUUCUUUAAGGACCUAGACGACGUAACACUCCCGAUGGUCCGCGGGGGUCGGGAGGGGGUAGUGAUGCCCGCGCGCACGACUACAUACCAGCGAAGUCCUUCCCCUCCCGUCGCCCGCAUAUCAUAAGUGUCCCGCAAUUAAAAGAUAAAGCGCAAAUGGUAACGCAAAUAAAACGCAAUACAUUACCUAAUUAUCUAAACUAAUAUGAAUAGUUUUGAAAAAUCACUAGGGUGACCAAGUUACAUUUUUUUUAUUUCGGAUUUUACAUUUUUUAAUGCUGUAAGUAGCUGUUGCGUUUAGUUUGCGGUAAUAAUUAUUACGGCAACCCAAUUCGCAUUCCCGUGGUCGUUGAGUGAUUUUAAGAAUUAAUUAAGUAAUUAAAUUUCUGAUAUACUUUUGCAUUAAUUUAUUUGUGAUAUUGACUGAAUUAAAAAUACAUUGUUGUCUUUA